CAUCAUGAAAAUUUUGACACCUAGCAAUUUUAAUUACGGAUAAAAUUUAACUUUUAGCAAUGUUUUCUAAAUUUCUAGUGAAAAAUCAUGGCAAAGUGUUUGGUUUAUUUUCGAGCUUCAACAGAAAAUUCAGCUUACCGCCAUGUAAUCCAACUCAGAAUGCGUUUAAAGAUAAAUUCGUUGUAUCAAUUUUAGAUGCCUCACAGAAAAUAGGCCGAUAUGUCGCAUUGCUCCUAAAACAAAGUCCUCAUAUUCAAGAGCUUCGGCUUUAUGAUAAAAAUGAUUCAGUAUGCGUUGUAGCUGAGGAUCUAAGUCAUAUAGAUACCAAAACUAAAAUUAAAUCAUAUUGUGGUAUAUCGGUUCUCAAGCAUGCUAUUAUGAAUGCCGAUAUUGUUAUAUCUUUGGGCGGAUGUCGGACAAAAUUAAAUGAAUGUGCCAAAGACCUUUUUGAAAAGAACUUAGAUGAUGUGAGAUUAGCAACAAUGAACUGUAUAGAGUUUAAUCCUAGGACGAUAUUUUGCAUUGCGAAACCACCAAUCGAAGCGUUUGUUCCAAUGGUAUCAGAAGAAUUUAAAAAAGGAGGAGUAUAUGAUUCAAGAAAAAUUAUUGGUAUCUCUUCGGUGGCAUGUAUGAGAUCGAAUUAUUACGUUGCUGUCAUAAGUGGUCAAGACUCAUCAGCAGUAAGAUGUCCCGUUGUUGGAGGUAUAUCGAAGUGCUGCUUGGUAGCAUGCGUUUCACAAAGUAGACCAGAGAAAGUCCAUGCGCAACAUCACAAAAUAAUCCAAGAUUCCAUAGGAAUAGCUGAAGAUGAAGUAAUAAAGGCAUAUGGGGACCAAGGUUCAGUUUGCCUAGCUCCUGCUCUAAGCAUUUCCAGAUUUAUUAAUACUCAGUUGAAAGCUCUUAAGGGCGAAAGUAGCUGUGUCGAAUGUGCUUUUGUUAAACAGACUGGUCAUAUCGGACAAUUUUUGCCUUAUAUGACUUCUAUAGUUAGACUCGGCCGCCACGGAAUUUUGUCUUCCCAUAUGCCCAAAAUUAAUGGAUAUGAAGCGCACUGUUUAAAAAGAGCGAGCAUGUAUAUAAAGGAAAAUAUAAAACUUGGUGAAUCAUUUGUUACAGGAGAACAAAAAAUUGUAGCAAAAGACAUGAAAAAAGCAGUAAAACAAUAAAUAUUCAUCUUAAAAUAUGUAUCUUCCAUGUUAAAUGUAAAUAAAGUCAUGUCUUCAGUAA